AUACUAUUCAAUUUAGUAAUUUCAACAUAAAAUAUUCGUGUACGAUUCGAUACUUCGGUCAUUGAUGCAAAUGGCGGCCUCCAUGGAGGAACAAAACAUCGCCUUGAAAACUGCUGAGAAUUUAUUGAGUCCCUGGAGGAACGAUGAAGAAAGAGCAUGUAUUAGUGAGGCUCAGUUUACAGUUGCAAUCAAUACACUGUGCCACAGUGGACUGGUGAACUUACUGGAAGACUGGUUCUUUGAAGAAACCCAGAGAGACUUCAGAGAAAGAGUUGCACCAACAUUCUGGAAGUUCUUUGACUCUUUAAAUGUGGACCAGUCUAAUGAUGUUGCUGUAGAAGAGAAUGUGCAGUGCCUGGUUCGUGCUGUGGACUACCUCCACUCUAUUGUGCAGCAGUACAGGCCAGCACUGGCCACGCUGGAGCAACUGCCAAGAGAACCCAACAGGAAUUACUCCAUGCUGGCAUUUUGCGGCGUUUCCACGGUGGCAGAGGUGGUGCGGAUACUGAUCAAGGCUGUUAUUUUCACUCAGGCCACAAAGGCAUUCAGAAAGUGCAUCGACCAGUUCUACACCCAGUUCUUCCAUGUCUUUCAUCAGAAAAAUGGCAUCAAGGCAGCAGAUUUAGAGGAGGACGGGGAUACCAGUCAAUGCUCCGGUGGUGAAUGGGAGAAAUCAGAGAGCCAGUUUGAAGUCAUACAGCAACGCUUCAAUGAUGUCAACUCAAAACUUGACGAGAUCGGCAUGUUGGAGCAGCUGUCCGGCACCUCCAUCACCAACCUUAUCCAUGAGCAGAUCCAGCAACAUGUGGAGAAAACCUGCAAGGGCAACUUUGAGACUGCCUUCCUCACUACACUUGAGCAGUGGCUGGAAAACAAGGUGCUGGCCUGGCUUAGACUGGUGUACACACGUAACCACAGCAACAUUCGCAGUGACUGUAUUGAGGGUUUCAAAGGGAGACUACUGCACUUUCUGUGGGAAAUCUACGCCAGCAUACAGAUUGGACAGCUGUUUAACAUCAUCAUUGAAUAUCCAGAAUCUGAGCCUGCAGUCCAGGACCUGAAGACGUGCUUAGAGAAGACGAGUGUACGCGGCCACCUUGUGUCUAGUCUCAAGUCUGCCUUGGAAACUCGACUACUGCAUCCUGGUGUAAACACUGCAGACAUUCUGACUGCAUACAUAUCUGCCAUCCGAGCUCUAAGGGCGCUAGAUCCAGCAGGAGUUAUCUUGGAGCUUGUUUGCGAUCCUGUACGGAAAUACCUCAGGUCGCGUGAGGACACGGUUCGCUGCAUCGUGACCAAUCUUACGGACGACGGCAGCAAUGAACUCCUAGAGGAGCUGGUGAAGGGCCAGCCCCCAAGCGAAACGGGAACCGGCCAGGAGGAGGAGGGGGACGACUGGAGGAAGUGGGUACCGGACCCGGUCGACGCUGACCCAGCUACAGCUUCCAAGAGUCGUCGUGCGUCGGACAUCAUCAGCAUGCUGGUGAACAUCUAUGGCAGCAAGGAGCUGUUUGUAAACGAGUACCGCACGCUGUUGGCAGACCGCAUACUGACCAACUUCAACUAUGACAUCGAGAAGGAAAUACGCUACCUGGAGCUCCUCAAGUUACGGUUUGGGGACGAGCUGCAUUUCUGUGAGGUAAUGUUGAAGGACGUGACCGACUCGAAGCGGGUCAACACGCGCAUCUCAGAUGAGCGAAAACAGAAGGGCGAGGAGCAGGAUGUGGAGGUGAAUGCAAUGAUCCUGUCGGCCCAGUUCUGGCCUGCGUUCAGAGAGGAGAAGGUGCAGCUUCCCGACUGCAAAAAACUAAACACAUGCCCUGAUGAUGACAAUUGUUUGGGACUGAGUUUUACAGGCCUGGUUAACAUUGACGUGGAGCUGAAGGACCGCACUCUGACCUUCAGUGUGUCCCCGGUACAUGCUGCCAUCAUCAUGCAGUAUGAAAAACAGGAGCGCUGGACAAUUGAUGAGUUGAGUUCAGCACUUCAAGUCCCAGCAACUGCAUUGCGCCGUAAAAUAGCAUUUUGGCAAAGCCAGGGUCUUCUUAAAGAGGAGCAGACAGACACGUUCCUCUUGGUGGAGGAACACAAGGGUCGGAGUCAUGAUAUUGUGAUUGGGGAGGACGAGGAGGCGGAGUCUGCCAUGGCGUCUGCUCAUGCACAAAAAGAGGAGGAGCUGCAGGUGUUCUGGACCUACAUCGUGGGUAUGCUUUCCAACCUAGAGUCGCUUCCCUUGGAAAGAAUACACAGCGUACUGCGCAUGUUCGCCAUGCAAGGUACUUCAGGAGAGAUCACACUAGAGGAACUAAACCAUUUCCUCGACAAGAAAGUCAAGGACCAAUGUUUACUGUAUUCUGGCGGAUCAUACAGACUUCCUAAGCCUUCGUGAUUUUUGAUUGUCAAUGUCAUUAGGUUUAUUUCAGCGUUGCUGUUUCAUGAAAAUAAAUGAUUAGUAAAUGAAA